AUGAACUUCAACGAGGUGGUUGGUGUUGACCUCAUCCAGCUCUCGGUUCCUGAAGUUGGGGACUACGUCCUGUUGAAUGCCUGGGUUUCUCACUAUGGGCCACCAGUCCUGGUGAUCGCCGACCAAGGGCGAGAGUUUGUGGGCUCCCCCUUCACUGACGGCCUUGGCCAGCAAGGAGUUCCAAUCCACUUCAUAGAUGCCAGAGCACCCUGGCAGAAUGGCAGGACCGAGAAGGCUGGCCGCAUCUUCAAGACAAGGUUCGGCACCGUCGUCGAGGAAGACGCGCGGAGACAUGUCUGGACACGCAUCGUGGUGUUCGUGUGGCAUCCACGACUCGUCCUUGAGUGGAAAUGGGCGAGUGGCUUGGCGCUGGGACGGGAAGACUGGGAAGGCACGGUGGGAGUGCCACCACGAGUGGCGCUGUGCCUCACCAAGGGCUCUGGCCUCGACACCUUGGACGCCGUGGGUCAAGUGGAGAUCCGCUACGUGAAAUUGCCCCGCUGCCGAAAGAGCAGGGUGGUCUUUCAGCCUCGCGGAGAGGGCUUUCACGCCGGUGGCAUGAAGGUGGUCUCUUUGGAUUUAGAGCAUGUGCGAUCCUCGGCGCGCUUUUUUUGGGCAUUGAGACAAGGUUUGAUGAGGCUAAUGAACUGA